AUGCAGGACCAAAUCUCAAGACCAGAAGGUGAGACAAAGGACGAGGUUUAUAACCCACAGCUCGAGUAUUUGAGCGAGCCUUUUACCUGGGACGACGUUCCAGAUUUCGACCUGGAAAUUCAAAAACUCGAAGCCAGCCUUGAGAUCGCUGGAGACGUGUCAACGCGUGCUGUACAGCUCAGAAACCUUGGAGAGCUUACGCUAACAGGCAUACGAGAAGACACUCAAGAUCUCGACCGGUCCAUCGUCCUCUUUGAACAGCUUAUAGACCUUGAAUCUGUGGAUGAUGCUUCUUACACAGAUUCGUUGAUGAGACUCGGGGUACUGCAUGAGAACAAGUUUGACAGGACUGGAAAUCUAGAAGACUUGGAUUCCUGCUUGAAGCGAUCUCAAGACGCGCUCAUAGUCCUCGGUUCUGGCAAGUCUCACAAGAGAGCAGAAGUACUACUAAACCUCGGAACUGCCUAUGGAAAAAGAUUCGAUCGCCUAGGAGACUCGGAUGAUCUCGACUGUUCCAUCGUCUACUAUUCCGGCGCGGUGGAGGCUUCUCCAGAUGACACAUCGCCAUUAGAACGCUAUGGCCUCUUGUUUCAUCUAGGUUUAGGGCAUACGAAGAGAUAUCAGAACCUUGAUUCUAGAGAAGAUCUAGAUAUCUCAAUUCGAGUUCUGAAGAGUGCCGUGGAUCUCGUCGUGGAACACAGCGCGUUCCAAACAUCCGCCAAUGAGACACUGGGGAUGCUGUAUCAGCAAAAGUUCAACCGAACUCGAGACAUGCUUGGUGUUCGAGCCUUAUACCACUCGUUGAAGUCCAAAACAUUUGCUCUUGCUCUAACGCAGGUGCUUGCGAUAUGCUGUGGCUUUUUGACGCCAUUGUCGUCUAUUCUCUUCACCGUGAAGAUUAUCUCUGAGGUAGAAGAUGUCUCAAUCGAACAGGACAGCUGGUUUGGAGUUCGCCGUCAGGGGGCCACUUCGUUCAAUGUUUGGGAUACUUGGCGCAUGCAAGAGGACAUGGGUAGUUUGAUGUUGUUCCAAAACUCCUCAGAAUUGAGAUAUCCGGAAGGAACUUAUCGCGAUUUGGUAUACCCUAUUGUCAAACUCAACGACGCAGUUCAGGAUUGGACCGGUAGAGUAUCCGUCCAUUUAACCCUCCCGGCCGCCAGGUUGUCCCCAGAGUGCUUCCAACUCAGUGAUUUCAAAGCAAAUCCUGAUUCCGAGGUGGCCGACGAGGACCAUAUCAUCGCUAGCUAUACAGAGGAGAUCAUCUGUCCCAACGGCCUUGGUCAAGCGGCGUUAACCAGAGACAUUCGCGUUGCAUUGGGAAACGAGACCAAUCCCAGAUACUUCGCGAAAACGAUGAGCUCGCAAGAUUACGCAAUGCUGAUUCGAAAGCUGUGCAAAGAAGAUGACGACGAGAAUACGAACUAUCGGCCCUGGACUGUGGAAACAUUCAUGUGGGGUGCCAUUUCUGACUCGAAGAAAAGCUUUGAUCAUAUCGAGGGUUGGCGAUGCAAUUACACUUGGACCGAAGUUCCCACACAAUUCACAUAUCGUUCAUCUAAUAGUCAGCCGCAGCUCGAUUAUGGCAGGCCGCCCGUUUCCGAUGAUACCAAGGCCAAGCCCUGGGAGCCGUACUUUAGCACUCCUAACAUGGACUUUCUUCAGCCCGACUUUUCCAUCCAAGAUUCGCAAGCGGCCGAGGUGGGCGAAGCUUUCGCACCUCUCAUCAAGCCGUUCGGUCCCCUGGGGCUGAAUGAGUUUGGCGACUCGAGCAAGACAGACUAUAUUCUCAACACCAUACACUUUCGCCGAGGUAUAGUCGCUGCUCAAUACGCCAACGUUAAGAACCGACUGAAGUUGAAUGAUACUUCAGAUACGGAGCCCACAAAUCAUCCAACGACCUUACCUAGCAAUGGAUCCAUCACCAGAACCAAUAAACGCCGAUUGGUACAAAAUUUCGGAAUCACCAUUGCCAUUAUCGUCAUCCUGGCUCUUGCUUUCAUUGUUAAUCUAUGGGCACUGGGCUCUAGAAUGAUGAAACGAUUUGUUGGAGUUGAGUCAGACUUCCUUCUUGACCUCAACAUGAAGGGAGUUUGUCCUGACGAAUUCAACAGCCUCGUCUCAUGGCACAAUCUUCUCCACGGCGCGGCUGGAUCAACCGUACUGCCGCGAGAUUCACAGUACAUGUCCACUUCUCAUACUUGCAAGGAACUGGCGGGUGUUGAAUUCCGAAUUGGGUGGUUCUACUUUAAUGGUUUGAAGGGAAAAUAUUUCACAAUUGGAAGUUUGAAUGAUCCGAGCUGCGAAUACAUAGGGAGAUACGAAAGAUAG